AUGAUGGCUUUGGUUGGUUGUUCUUUUUCACUGUACGGCCGCAGACACAUUCUGACAGCACUUCAGACAGCAGCUUUGUGCCCCGCCAGCUGCUUGUUCCAUGCCUACCAUGGCGUUUUUGAACAGACAGCACUUCAGACAGCAGUAUGCUGUAGUCGGCAAUCUUCCGUUUUGGCACUGAGUGGGACAGGGAGGGGGUGAUGCUACUUACUGUAGUCGAACGGUGGGACGGACGUGCAGUUCAGUUUUUGGGCACGCAUACGGUGCUGCAGGGAUUUUUAGGUGUACCUCUUCGGGCUCUUGCAUACCUUUUUCUCGUCAGAUGUGUGCGUGUUCUUUAGAUCCU